AUUCACGCAGUUAAAUUCACUGUCCAAUAAGAUUUGAGGAAAUUUUUGACAGUUGGGAAGAUCCAAACUGAAAAUUCUUCUUUGUUUCUUUUUUAUUGUUAUUCUGAAAUUAUAACGUAGUUGCGUCGAAUAAUAAUUAAAAUUAAAUUAACGUUGCGUUAAAUUUGAGUAUUAAAACGUUAAUAUGAGUGAAAAAAUUGGCGAUAAAAUUUAUAAUUACCUAGUUGGAUUUGAAAUUAAAAAAAUUAAUAAUAAUAGAUUACCUUCGUACCGUGACGUGCUGAGUUUGUUCAUGUUUAAGCAUAUGUCUUUAAAAAUGACGAUUCGAAAUAGUUCUGCUAGUGUUAUCUCUGAAAUAAGUGCUGUUUGGGCCAAAUUUAUGAUCCCAACUAUACGUCCUCAGCAUAGUAUUAAAAAAUUAGAAAAAUUCUACGCCAAGUACAAAGAUCUUAAAAAAAAUCGCAGCAGAGAAAAAAAAUCGAAAGCUCAACAGAGACAUGUCCAAAACUUCAAGGAAAGACUUGAUCAAUUGUUUGACAUUUCCAGUUCGACUGCAGUCAAAAAUUUACCAAAAGAACUCCAACAAUUUUUGAUAGAGUGUCAAAAGGGAAAUAAUAACUCAUACUUUCCAGCUACUUCUGUUCCGGCUGAAGAAAUGGAAGUAGAGAUAAAAAAUGAAGACAAUGAAAAUAAUACGGAAGAAAUUGCUAUGUGAUUGUUCUUCUAUUUGUAUAUCAAGGACCAAUAAUCUACAGAUUAAAUUAAUCACCAGAGUUCU